GGCUGAAAAAGUUGAAACGGGGGCGAGCGGGAAGCGGGAAAAUUUAAAUUUUGUUUUUGUUCAGGAAGAGCUGCUGCUGCAUCAUUUGGACGUGUUUAUUGCUUUUGUUUCCCUUCUUUAAAAUUAAAUUGAAGAUCAUUAAAGCAGAAAGGAAAUCCUGAAGCCCUUUCCUCACAUCUGAUUCAACAUGUUGGAGCCAUUUAAGCACAUUUUACAAACCCAAAGAAUUGUUUUAGCCAGUGGUUCACCCCGGAGAAAGGAAGUUCUAAACAAUAUUGGUUUAAACUUUGAAGUUGUGCCAUCCACUUAUGAAGAAAAUUUAGAUCCAGCAAACUAUCCAAAUCCAGCCGAUUUCGUCAUAGAUACAGCAGCUCACAAGGUUGAGGAGGUUUUCGAGCGGCUAAAUAAAGAUCUGGUGAAACCAAACCUCAUCAUCGGCGCAGACACUGUUGUGGUUUUUGAGAAUGAAAUCUACGGCAAGCCAAAGAGCGAGGAGCAUGCAUUCGAAAUGCUGCGAAAGUUCUGCGGUAAAUCUCAGUUUGUCUACACGGGAAUCGUGCUGAAAACUCAGAGAGAUACAGUCAAGUUCUUUGAGAAGUCCGAAGUCGAAUUUGGUGAGCUCACGGAUGAAAUGAUAAAGGCCUAUGUCAACACUGGAGAGCCGAUGGACAAAGCUGGAGGGUACGGAAUCCAAAGUAUCGGUGGCACCCUGGUGAAAAGCGUCCGAGGUGAUUAUUUCAACAUUGUGGGGUUUCCCGUGUACCAUUUUUGCAAGCAACUCGUGGACUUGCUGCAGAAAAAUCAAAAUGAUUGAACAAUAAAACGGCAAAUUUUGGCCCAAGUUUUUGGCUGAUGAAAAAUAAUCCCGAAACCUGCAAUCUAACUUACGUCAUGACUUUGGCCUCGUCAAUGAAGUCGUCCUCGGACAUGGUGCCCUCCUUCAUCAUCUUGACGGCGACGUCGAUCGAUCCGCGCCACUUCCCGCGGCGGACGACCCCGAACUGUCCAGAGCCGAGCUCCUCGAGCAGCAUCAGUUCCAUCGGAUCGAUUUCCCAUUUGUCUGCAGAGACGGUGGAAAUUUUUAGGUCCAGAAUUCGCGUCGUGAAACAAGAUGGGGUACCAUGACUGAGUCCAGCGGUGGCCGGCACGGGUCUGUUGCAAGGCGACGCUUUGAGCCGCGACGCCAGCCCGCCUCCGUUGUGUUUGUGGUAGUUGACCAGCUCCGGAAUCGAAUUGCAGCAGUGCUUUUCGGACAAGAAGAACUCGCCUUUUAUAUUCUGUUUGAUGUGAUAGUGUUUGACGUGAGGAUGCGGUCUGCAAUUAAAUAAAAAUAAUCAUUUUCAGGUUCUA